UCCUUUCCUGAGGAGAAGUGAGGUGCCCCGCCCCUCCGUGCGCCCCACCAGCAGCAGGCACAGCGCACGCACCGCACCGAGCGAGCUCAGCCGUCGGUAACGGAGAAGAUGGCAGAGCGGCAACAACAGAAACACGAAGGCAGGGUGAAGAUCGGCCACUACAUCCUCGGCGACACGCUCGGAGUGGGCACCUUCGGCAAAGUGAAGAUUGGAGAGCAUCAGUUGACGGGCCAUAAAGUGGCUGUAAAGAUCCUAAACAGACAGAAGAUCCGUAGCCUCGAUGUCGUGGGGAAGAUCAAGCGAGAGAUCCAGAAUCUCAAACUGUUCAGACACCCACACAUCAUCAAGCUGUACCAGGUGAUCAGUACACCCACUGAUUUCUUCAUGGUUAUGGAGUAUGUGUCUGGAGGUGAGCUGUUCGACUACAUCUGCAAACAUGGACGGGUGGAGGACACAGAAGCUCGCCGUCUCUUCCAGCAGAUUAUCUCAGCCGUGGACUACUGCCACAGGCACAUGGUGGUCCACAGAGACCUCAAGCCAGAGAACGUCCUGCUGGACGCCAGCAAGAACGCCAAGAUCGCCGACUUUGGUCUGUCAAACAUGAUGUCAGAUGGGGAGUUUUUACGGACGAGCUGUGGCUCCCCCAACUAUGCUGCUCCAGAGGUCAUCUCAGGAAGGCUCUAUGCAGGUCCAGAGGUGGACAUCUGGAGCUGUGGCGUGAUCCUGUACGCUCUGCUCUGCGGCACGCUGCCCUUUGACGACGAGCACGUCCCCACGCUGUUUAAGAAGAUCAGAGGAGGCGUCUUCUACAUCCCCGAGUACCUGACCCGCUCCGUGGCCUCGCUGCUCAUGCUCAUGCUCCAGGUCGAUCCUCUGAAGAGAGCCACCAUCAAAGACAUCAGGGAACAUGAGUGGUUCAAGCAGGACCUGCCGGGAUACCUGUUCCCUGAAGACCCUUCGUACGAUGCCACAGUCCUGGAUGAGGAGGCCGUCAGAGAAGUGUGUGAGAAGUUUGAAUGUAUGGAGUCUGAGGUUAUGUCCAGCCUUUACAGCGGAGAUCCACAGGAUCAGCUGGCCGUGGCCUAUCACCUCAUCAUAGACAACCGGCGCAUCAUGACCCAGGCCAGCGAGUUCUACUUGGCCUCCAGUCCUCCCCAGGGCUCCUUCAUAGAAGAAGGCAUGCCGCUGCCCCCCGGAGUCAAGCCCCACCCGGAGAGGAUGCCUCCGCUCCUGGCUGACAGCCCCAAGUCUCGUUGUCCUCUGGAUGCUCUUAACACCACCCGGCCCAAACCUCUGGCAGUGAAGAAGGCCAAGUGGCACCUUGGCAUCCGGAGUCAGAGCAGACCCUAUGAUAUCAUGGCUGAAGUGUACAGGGCAAUGAAACAACUCAGCUUUGACUGGAAGGUGGUGAACCCGUAUCACCUGCGAGUGCGGAGGAAGAAUCCGGUGACGGGCAACCUGGUGAAGAUGAGCCUGCAGCUGUACCAGGUGGACAGCAGGUCCUACCUCCUCGACUUCAAGAGCAUCGACGACGACAUCAUCGAGGCAGUGGGCUUUAAAUCUGGGUCGUCCACUCCUCAGCGGUCGGGCUCCACAGCCGGUCUCCACAGACCCAGACUGAGCAUCGACUCUGCGAGCCCGGCCUUCGACCUGCCCCAGCUCAGCUCCUCCCUCCCGGGAUCCCUGUCCGGCAGCAACCCUCUACUCACCCCACGCCAGGGAUCGCACACCAUGGACUUCUUUGAAAUGUGCGCCAGUCUGAUCACCACGCUCGCGCGCUGACGCCUGACGCCUCCUGUAGGGAGGGUGUCUGUGUUUGGAGCGACUUCCUCUUUCUGUCUCCUCUCCAUGUCCGGUCCGGUCGUGUUGGACGGGCGGGGUGGAGAGCGAUGGCUGCGUCGUGCUCCCCUCAGACGGAGGAGGGAGAAAGAGGAGGCCUUUGGCAGAAUGGCAGAUUAAUAGCUUUUGUUUUCUUGGUGUGACACAGUCCUGGGGUCAGAGCCUCGGUGUUAAACAUCGGCCCACAGCCGAUCCUGGGACUGGAAUCUGUGAACUAGUGGAUGCCGGCAGAGUCAGAGGCGAGAGGUCACAGUUUGCAGCCGUCUCUCCUCCCACAAAUACCUUCAAUUAUUAUCAACUGCUGAAAUAUCAUCACCCACCACAGCUCUUAAUGGCGGGACGUCCUGCUGAUUUGCCCCAGACACUGAUCGGAGGUCAGUUUUGCUUCUUGUUUAAUAUUUGAUGACGAGGCACGGGUUGUUAAACUUGACGUUAAAUCUGUGUCUGCGGGAACGAAACCACAUGUAAAGUUUAAUUUCAGGUUUUCUAUGAUAUAGUUUGUAAAGAAGCAGCUUUUGUUAUCCAUGUUUAUUAUAGGGAUACCAAAUAUUAGACUUUAUACAUCAAAAGGAGACUAUUAUUAUUAUUCAGAUAUCAGAUCCAUAUUUAUUUUUAGAGAUUGUUUUUUAGACACUGUAGUUUUAUUAUUUAAGCUGAUCAACAUGAAGUUUUAUCCCGACUUUGAGUAGAUUGUAGAUGAUUAAUGAGCCCAGAGAGCCAGCAGGAUAGUCGAGUGGUAAAACUCUCUGUGGUGUCUGGUGUUUGAGGCAGACACACACCAUCUCCCCCGACUUGACAUAUCACUACUGUUUAUCUCAUAUGCAUUCAGUAACCGUCACAAAUAUGCAACACACACAGACUCCUGUACACCUGAGUCCUUGACGAAUGACGAGCUGAGCGAGUGUUAACGCGCUGCUCAGCCAUGCAGCUGCAGAAUGUAAUUAAAAAAGCAGGACGGCCUGUGACAUGAGGAGGACAGACAUGGCACCCAGUCAUUCACAUACGCAGUAAACUGAAGACAGGAGCUGCUUGUAACCAAGACGACAGCCGUCCUUCAUCUCUCUCCUUUCAGCUCCGAGCCUUUAAAAUGUGAACAAACGUCUAAUGUAAUAAAAAGAUCCUCACAUAUUUUAAUUUAAAAGAGCAAAAAGCAAGUAAAUAUGGGUGAUAAAUCACUUCAAUAAUCAGCUUCCACAAUAGCCACUAAUUGAAUCAGCAGUAAUGAACAAACUGAGACUCGUCAAGUGAUGAUGAGGAGGAGAAGAUGAAGACGACAGAUCCCUGUGAGAUGGUGUGUAUCUGCUGUGGGACACGAUGAGCCACAGAAACAUUUCUCCAGUUGCCUUAAAGAAUGCCACACAGUGAUUCUGUGCAUAUGUACCUGUAAACAGAGAGAGUGUGUGAGUGUGUGUGUGUGUGUGUGUGUGUGUGUGUGUGUGUGUGUGUGUGUGUGUGUGUGUGUGUGUGUGUAGCCGAGGUCAGAUAGGUGGAGUGUGUCAGGCGAUUGCCAUGUGUGUAACUGGUGUUACGAGGAGAUCAGCAGAGUUCAAAUCAAAAGAACAAGGCGAUGAGACUCAGAACAUGAUGCUUUGGUGUGUGUGUGUGUGUGUGUGUGUGUAGCUGUUGUCUGUUCAGUCUGCACUUUAAAACUCACAGUUUGCAGAUUUACUGUUUAUUGCGUCACACACUUUUUGUGGAUGCACACACUUUACUGUCAUUUGUGGUUGUGCACGUUGAUGAACGCCACGCCGUUACUGCUUUUCUAAGUGUUCCUCUUUGUCCCGUCACUCACACCACGGCGGCGUUGUGUGUGUUGUGUGUGUUGUGUGUGUUGUGUGUGUUGUGUGUCGUAGCUGGAUAUUUUCAUCCAGACUUUCUGAGUGAAUGUGAAGUGGAAGCUGCUGCCGCUCAGAUGAGUCCUCCUCCGUCUGUGUGUGUUGAUGGCGAGCUCUGGCCUUUCUGCGCUUCUGUCGGACACACAGGACGGAGGACGUCAUCUACUUUAGACUGGCGUCUAUGAAUCAACAAAUACUGUAAGAAAGACAUUAAGAAGUAAAUACUAAUAUGAAUAAAUACAGUAAAAUACUGUAUAUGAAGAACUUGUUUAACCUCAGCUCACUGUGAUGGGGGCGUGUGAUUGGCUGGAGGGUGAGGAUGCAGAAACUUGAGAAAAUACAGAACAAAUGUUUGUUGUAUUCAUUCAUGGUUAUUUAUUUCAUGUCUUUUAUUUAUUAUUACAUCCAGGCCGCGUUAAUAUCAGCCACACAACAGUCUCUACUGCGACUAUUCAUCCAGCACGUUGACUGAGGACUGUGUUGGACCUACAAUGAUAAGAUGUUUUUGAUUUUUGCCUUAUGAGACACGGUGUGAAAGUCUUUUCUGGAAGCCACGAUGUUAGUGACCGUGCUGAAACCCUUUAUGACACGUCUCUGUUUCUGUAUCCUGUGUGUCGGAUGUCAGAGGGAGAAACUCUGCUCCCUGCUGCAAGACACAUGCAACUGCACAAACACACACACCUUUACAAACACUAGCCCAUGUUCCUCUGUCAGACGUCUGUGUUCCUCUCUGUUGCUGUGUCUUAAUAACUUGUACAGUGAGCUGCUUUCUUCACAUCACCUUUGGCCCAUUCAUGCAUUCAUUCCUGACGCUGCUGCUCGUGACAACAAUACUAAAUACUGAUCAAUGAAGUGCACUAUCCUGGAGAGGUCAUGGGCGGGAGUGAAGACCUCCUCUGAUUGAACCAUUACUUUACUGUCAGAUGUCGUACUGUACCAUUACAACUGUAUGCAACAACCGGUGGCAUGUUAGUCAAGUAAACUCGACUCUAGUGUUCGGAGCUGGAAACACACGCCACGGCCUGAUCGAACACACACACUCUGUGUUGUACCAAAGUGAGUGUUUUACUCUGUUUAUCUGUGGUGGGGGGGUUCUUAUGAUCAGUGUAACCUUAAAUACCCCUGAGUGUGUGUGUGUGUGUGUGUGUGUGUGCGUGUGUGUGUGUGUGCGUGUGUGUGUGUGUGAGAGAGUGUGUGUUUCUGUCUCUCCCUGUCUCUCUGUCUGAUCGGGGUUUGGUUUCUCUUGUUAUGCACUGCAUGAUGUUGCUGUUAUGAUUUGCACUUUAAUGAGUAUUUAUUGAAAAACAAUAAACAAACAUAUAAAAAGGAAAUAGUUUUUGUCCUGAGGUCUUUUCAAUCUGGACAUUUUAC